UCCCCCCGAAGUCGGCGAAGUUCCUUUUCUUUCUUUUCAAUCUUUCGGCGGCACAGAGAAAGAAAAAGACUGAGAGCAAGUGCUUAGGGCAAAGAACAUUCUCUCUCUUAAAACCCUUCAUUUCUUCCUUUGUUCCUUUCAUUUCUACCCUUUCUUCUCCAUUUUUUCUCCUAAACUCUCUCUCAAACCCCAAUGGAUUUGCUCCGAUCAAACUUAUCUCGAGUUCGAAUUCCAGAGCCCACCAACAGAAUCUACAAGCAAGAAUGCUGUAUCUCUUUCGAAACCCCGAAAUCCGAAGGGGGUUUAUACGUCGACAUGAGCUCGUUUCUUGCUUUCGGAAAGGACUACGUGGGAUGGAAUUACGAGAAGACCGGAAACCCUGUUUAUUUGCAUAUCAAGCAGAAGCAGAAGCCGGUUUCUGAGGAUCGACCGCUCAAGAAACCGACUCUUUUGGCCAUAGGUGUGGAUGGAGGAUUUGUUGACAACCACGAACCUGAAUACGAAGAAACACACAGUAUCGUAAUAUUGCCUGACUACGUAUCUCUACUGUUUCCAUCGGUUGAGUUGCCUGAAAAGGUCAGGUUGGCAGUUGAUAAGGUUUUAAUGGCUGAGGGUGCUGAACGCAAAGAGCAAGUAGCAUCUUGGAUGGCUGAUAAGAAAAAAGUUAGUGCAUAUGCUGAGAAUUUGUUACAGAUUGACAAUGGUGUUGUUGUGCCUCCAUCUGGGUGGAAAUGUUGCAAAUGUGACAAGGUUGAUAAUCUCUGGCUUAAUCUUACUGAUGGAAUGAUCUUUUGUGGGAGGAGAAACUGGGAUGGUAGUGGUGGCAACAAUCAUGCCAUUGAACACUAUAAAGAGACUAACUACCCUCUUGCUGUAAAGCUUGGAACAAUUACAGCUGAUCUGGAAGGGGCAGACGUUUUCUCCUAUCCGGAGGAUGAAAGUGUUGAGGAUCCAUUAUUAGCUCAACACCUGGCAUUUUUUGGCAUCGAUUUUUCAUCUUUGAAAAAGACUGAAAUGACAACUGCUGAAAGGGAGCUUGACCAGAAUACCAAUUUUGAUUGGAAUCGCAUACAAGAAAGUGGAAAGGUAGUUGAGCCACUAUUUGGACCAGGCUAUACAGGACUUGUCAAUCUCGGGAACAGCUGUUAUAUGGCCUCAACCAUGCAAGUAGCGUUCUCAACACGAUCUUUCUGCUCACGAUAUUAUGUGAACCAGAGCUUGAAAACAGCAUUUGUAACUGCCCCUUCUGAUCCAACUGUAGACUUGAAUACCCAGUUGACAAAACUGGGGCAUGGUUUGCUUUCUGGUAAAUACUCAGUUCCGGCUCAAGAGGAGGAUGACAUUUUCUAUACUGUCAACCAGACAGAUGAGAUGGGAAAUUCUGCAAACUCAACUCCAAGUGCUCAGCAGGAAGGAAUAGCCCCUCGUAUGUUCAAGGCGGUUAUUGCUGCUAGCCAUCCUGAGUUUUCUUCUAUGAGGCAACAGGACGCCUUGGAGUUCUUUCUACAUCUUCUUGAUCAAGUUGAACGAGCCAAUGCUGGAAAGCCUGAAUUGGAUCCCUCAAGGAGUUUCAGAUUUGGUAUUGAAGAGCGUCUUUCGUGCCCUUCUGGAAAAGUUGCUUACAAUAAAAGGGUUGACUACAUCCUUUCUUUAAGCAUUCCAUUGCAUGAAGCUACUAAUAAAGAACAGCUAGAAGCCUUUCAAAAGUUAAAAUCAGAAAUGGCUUUGGAGGGAAAGGAAGUCAGAGCUUCUGAUGAAAUCAUACGGCCAAGGGUGCCCCUAGAAGCUUGCUUGGCAAGCUUUUCAGCUCCAGAGGAAGUUCAUGGUUUUUACAGCAGUGCCUUGAAAUCCAAGACUACAGCAAUCAAAACUGCUGGACUGACUUCGUACCCGGAUUACUUGGUGUUGCAUAUGCGGAAGUUUGUGAUGGAGGCAGGCUGGGUGCCAAAAAAGCUUGAUGUUUAUAUCGAUGUCCCAGAUAUCAUAGAUAUUAGUCACAUGCGCAGCAAGGGUUUGCAGCCAGGGGAAGAGCUACUACCAGAAGCAGUUGCUGGUGGUGAUACGAGUGAAGCAGUGAAACCUGCAGCCAAUGAGGAAAUCGUAUCCCAACUUUUAAGCAUGGGAUUUAAUUAUCUUCAUUGUCAAAAGGCGGCCAUUAGCACCUCAAAUGUUGGAGUAGAGGAGGCCAUGAAUUGGCUGCUGUCUCACCUUGAUGAUCCAGAUAUAAAUGAUCCUAUUUCUCAAGAGAUGCAGGGUGCGGAAGUUCUGAUGUCCUUUGUUGAUGAAGAAAGUGUCAAUACUUUGAUUUCAUUUGGAUUUCAAGAAGAGGUUGCCCGAAAAGCAUUGAAGGCCUCGGGCGGAGAUAUAGAGAAAGCUACGGAUUGGAUAUUUAGCCACCCAGAUGCUUCCAGCUUGGUGGAUAUGGAUGCUACAACAAGCAGUGAACAGAGUUCCAUUGAUCCAGAACUGCCCGAUGGGGGAGGAAGAUACAAGCUUAUGGCAAUAGUGAGUCACAUGGGCACUUCUACCCAAUGUGGUCACUACGUCGCACAUGUGUGCAAAGAUGGGAGAUGGGUCAUCUUCAAUGACAACAAGGUUGGGGCAUCCAUCGACCCUCCUAAGGACAUGGGCUACUUGUACUUUUUUGAGAGAAUGGAUGGUUAAAGAGUACAGAAGUGAUUGCUCGAUGCUGAAAGCUCAUAGGAAUCCCGGUUAUUGUUGAUUGAAGAAUGGCUGCAAUUCGUUUUUAUCAGCCACAGGGAUGCUCUGUUGGUUUUCAAGUGCUCUGGUUCACAUCAACAAUGACUUCUGAUACACCCUUUCCUUAGUGGGAAUAAAACAGAAUUCCUUUUCA